CGGAGAACGGUCUCUCGUGAAGAGCCCGAGCCUGAGUUCGAGCUCGAGCACCACUCUCUCACACAUAGCACGGCAGCAGAGAGAUGUGGCAAGUACGCGGCGCGUCAUUCUCGGGCUCGGGAUUCCUAUUGCCGUACUUUCUGGGUGCGCUGUCGGCGCUGAGGUCUGUCGGCGCCGAGGCGAUGAACGCCGAGCGCGGCUGGCGAUUCGCCGGCGCAUCGGGCGGAGCUCUGGCGGCGAUGGCGGGCGCGUGUGACAUUCCGGUCGAGUUGCUGCGCGAGACUAUUAGCAAGGUUAAUGCUCAGCUGGCAGCACGGCCAACGCGCGCAGUCUGGGCUCUGGAUGAGGUUGUCCGUACCGAGCUCGAAUUGCUGGUACCAGACGGCGACGAGGUGGCGGAGAUGAUGACCGCCCGGGCAAGCAUCGCUGUUGCAUUUAUGGAGCAAGUCGACGAGCAAGGCCGCCGGAGCCGAAUGCAGCCGCACGUGGAGAUGGUGAGCGAGUUUGAGUCGAGGCAAGACGUCAUCGAUGCUCUUGCGGCCUCUUGCUACCUGCCGGGCUUCUCGGCGCCGGCGCUGACCACUACUUUUCGUGGGCGGGCGGCGUUUGAUGGCGGCCUGAUUGCCUUUCAGCCAGUGCCUGGGUGCUGGCGCCGAGAUGAGGUUGUCAAGAUCUCGCCCCGGACCAGGACGUAA